ACAGAGGGUAACAGCAGGUUGCUCAUUGUAGCCUACACAUUGAGAAAUGUAUGAUACUGAAAAGAGUCCAGACAGAGAAUGCGCGUUAAUGCCGCUAUUAGAGCUCAUUAUCUGUGGAGGAAAGGGAAGACAGACCAGAUUGCACUGAGGUGGGAUACUAAGAUUUGCAAAAUUGUAAAAUAACCUAUGACUUGUUUUGUAACUUUGUUUCCACUAUUCUUAUUUUUGCGUCUCAGAGGACAAGUCCAUCUGUCUGAACUUUACGCACAUUCUCAGUUUCGUUGUGUGAAUAAUCAAUUCCUGGCAAAAGUUUUUUUUAAAGAUUAGAGUUAUGGCAGGAGUUCAUAUGACAAGCUUUUCUGGUCUGACUUUACACGACUGUUCUUUGAUCGGACUCGAGCGCUUCGCUGUCGGACCUGUUGGAGAAGACGAAGAGUUUUUCGAGAUCAGGACUGAAUGGUCUGAUAAAUCCAUAACGUACUCGCUAAGGCGAUUCCACGAUCUUGUAAAACUUGCGAAUAGUUUGGAGAAGCUCUUCCCAGAGGACGACAUCAGUUUGCCACAAUCGUUGAUUCUUAAGGCCCUGCAAAAGAUAAGGGAAGCAGAGGAAAACAAUGACAUCGAAACCAAGCUGGUUGAGGUGGACAAACUAUUAAGAAAUAUCAUCAAAACGCCACCAAAGUAUUCUCAGUGUGAAGCAGUUCUUAAAUUUUUCAAGACUUCCCCACUGGACUACACUUUGAAAACAAUGUUUGAUCCGAUACAGUCCUUCUACCAGAGUCCCGUCACUGUCGCUGAUGUCAGGAGGGCCAAUGGGUUUUGUUUGGCCAACACAGAAACUGUUCUUUUUGAUCCAUAUUUACUGGAGAAAAAAGCAGAACCAUCUUUUGAACACUCUUCACAAUGCGGCUCUGAGAUUGAGGCACAGAUAUGGAGAGGAACAAGAUGUCCGAAUAGGAUCAGACAUGACGAAUGUCUGCAAACAGAUCUCUCCACGAGCCCAGUUCUGCCUGCUGGUGCCCUUGAAGAAGAGUCAGACUAUCAGCCUCAAAAAUCAGAGGUUACCCCCAGCAGACUCACCUACUUUCACUUACAUGCAUCUGAAACAGACAUCCUUGAGUAAAAGGAUCCUGGAAUACUUUUAUAACCUAAUUAUUAUGAACGCCUGCAAAAAUGUUAAUAUAAAAAGUUUAGACUUAA